AUUCGAUUUAUCCUGGCCUAAUACUCGUUUUAUUACGGUUCGACACAACUAAAUGUUUUGUAAAUUUAUUUAAAAAAUUCUGUAAACAAUAUUCACGAUGAGGCUUCUUCAUCUCUAUAAGCUCUGCAGUCCCUGUUUUAAUAGGCUUUAUAGGCCCUGUAUUAUUAAUAAUUCCCGUUCCAGAUUUAUCCACCUUACCUCUAAAAAUUUAGCACUAACGACAUUUAAGCUUUCAGACAUCGGUGAAGGAAUAAAUGAAGUCCAGCUAGUAAAAUGGGAAAAGAAUGUUGGUGAUGAGGUUGAAGAGAUGGAAUCUGUUUGUACUGUGCAAAGUGACAAAGCUGCUGUUGAAAUAACCAGCAGGUACACCGGCGUGGUUAAGAAGCUGUACGUUAAGGAGGGUGAAACUGUUAAAAUCGGAGGCCCACUCAUGGAUAUUGAUACCGUCGAUGAGGUACCAGAUGAUACUCCUAAUAAUAUUAGUAGUAAUCUUAACGACUCAAAGAGACAUUACUCCAGUGUUCCGCAAUCCAAGCUAUUUUUUAACUCCUUUGGAAAUGGAAAGAAAUCAUUCAGCACCAGCUCAACACCAGAAGAUGAUGUUGAAGAGGUUAAGGUUGAUUUUAUUGGAGAAGCCAUGGUUAAGUCAAUGGUGGCAUCACUUGAAGUGCCUCACGUCACCGUGGGUGAGGAGUGCGACAUCACCUCCCUCAUCCAGCUGUACAAAUCAUAUCGUAAUGAAGCACCCGGCCCCUCCGAUCAAGAACCUAAACCCAAAAUUACGAUCACCCCCUUCAUUAUCAAGUCCAUUUCACUAGCACUUGAGAAAGUCCCUAUCAUCAACUCCAAGUUUAACAGCACCAACACCGGUAAAGGCCCAAGCUCAUACUUUUUGUACAAGAACCAUAACAUCAGUGUCGCUAUUAAUACCAAAAACGGCCUAAUGGUUCCGAAUAUAAAGAACGUCAACAAGUUAACAAUUCGUGAAAUCCAACGUGAGUUAACUUCCCUGCAACAGAAGGCCAACACCAAGACCCUUACUUUCAACGACAUUAAGGGUGGUACGUGUACUCUAAGUAACCUUGGCUCUUUGGGCGGAACUUUCGUAAAAGCAAGGCUUUUCGACGGCCAGGCUGCAAUUAUCGCCUUUGGAAGAUCAAUUCAAAGGGUUGUUCCUAUCUCUAAAGCACCCAAGACUGACAGUACAAACUUGGACGACUACACUCUCGAAUGCAGAUCAAUUUGUAACAUUGGAGUGACUGCCGAUCACAGACACAUUGACGGCGCCAUUAUCACAACUUUCAUUUCUCAUCUAAAACAUUUCCUCCAAAACGCAGAUACACUUAAACAGUACUAUUAAUCUUUAAAUUCAA